AUGAUGGCCACCAAGAAGGCCCCCUUCAUCGUGAGGAGCUACAUCGAGAUGGUGCGAAUGGGCUCAAAAGGAGGUUUGACUGGCAUGGUGCGUUGUGAUACAGCUGUUGGAACACCAGAUUAUAUAUCGCCUGAAGUAUUAAAAUCCCAAGGUGGUGAUGGAUACUAUGGACGGGAAUGUGAUUGGUGGUCUGUCGGAGUUUUUCUGUUUGAAAUGCUUGUUGGGGAUACUCCGUUUUAUGCUGAUUCGUUGGUGGGAACGUACAGUAAAAUAAUGGAUCACAAGAACUCCUUGCUUUUCCCAGAAGAUGUAGAAAUUUCAAAGCAGGCAAAGGAUCUUAUCUGUGCUUUUUUAACAGACAGGGAUGUGCGGCUAGGGAGGAGUGGAGUCGAAGAAAUUAAAUCUCACCUAUUCUUUAAGAAUGAUCAAUGGGAUUGGAAUAGCAUUCGAGACACUGCUGCUCCAGUUGUACCUGAAUUGAGUAGCGAUAUAGAUAGCAGCAAUUUUGAUGAUAUUGAAGAUGACAAAGGAGAUGUUGAAACCUUUCCAGUCCCAAAAGCAUUUGUUGGAAACCAACUGCCUUUCAUUGGAUUUACUUACUUUAGAGAGAACCUGUUGCUAAGUGAUUUUCCUGAGCUUGGUAAGAAAGUUGAACCCUGUAAGAACAAUGGGACAAAGAACAAUGAACUUAGGAAAAAUGAGGAUGGUGAAGAGACAUUUUUGCUGCGGAGAAGAUUUUAUACUAAAGAAAAUCUUUCUUUUAUCUAUAAUUCUGUCUCUCCCUCACGCUUGCAUUAUUUAUUCUACAGAGCUAUUAAUAAUCGUCUAGAGAAAAUAAUGAAGGAAUUGGAUGAGGAGACAUCUUCAAGGAAACAUCUAGAAUCUUCUUUCAGACAGCUGGAAAGGGAAAAGGCUCUUCUCCAGCAUAAGAAUGCAGAAUACCAGCGGAAAGCAGAGCACGAAGCAGAUCGAAAACGCAAUCUAGAAAACGAUGUGAACAGUUUAAAGGAUCAACUCGAGGAUAUGAAAAAGAGGAAUCAAAACUCCCAAAUAUCAAAUGAAAAAAUUACUCAGCUACAAAGACAGCUGGAUGAAGCCAAUGUCUUGCUGCGCACAGAGUCGGAUACAGCCGCCAGGUUGAGAAAGAACCAGACGGAAAGUACGAAGCAAAUUCAGCAGCUAGAAGCUAACAACAGAGAGCUGCAGGAUAAAAACUGUGCCUUAGAGAAUACGAAGCUUCGACUGGAGAAGGAAUUUUUGAAUCUGCAGUCAGCUCUGGAAUCUGAAAGAAGAGAGCAGAAUCAUGGGUCAGAAAUUAUCCAUGAUCUACAGGGUCGAGUUCUUAAUUUGGAAGAAGAAGUAAAAAAUGGGAAGAAUACAUUAGCUAAAAUGGAGGCAGAGAAAAGACAAUUACAGGACAAAUUGACGGAUCUGGAAAAGUAAGUCUGAAGCUAUGAAAGAAAUGGAAAAGAAACUUUCAGAAGAAAGAAUUACAAAGCAAAAAGUGGAAAACUGUUUACUGGAGGUUGAAAAGCAGUGUUCUAUAUUGGACUGCGAUCUGAAGCAAUCCCAGCAUAAAAUAAAUGAGUUGCUUAAGCAGAAAGAUAAACUAAGUGAAGAUGUGGAAAACCUGACACUGAAAAUUGAACAAGAGACGCAGAAGCGCUGCCUCAUCCAGAAUGAUUUCAAAAUGCAAAGCCAGCAGUUGAAUGCGCUAAAGGUGUCAGAGAAGCAGAUAAAACAAGAGAAUAACCAUCUUCUUGAAAUUAAACUAAGCCUAGAGAAGCAGAAUAACGAGCUACGGAACAAAUAGCAGAAGAGAGCCAGAUACGAAUCGAACUGCAGAUGGCUCUGGACAGCAAAGAUAGCGACAUAGAGCAGCUUCGGUGUCAGCUCCAAACAAUACAUAUUGGCCUAGACAACAGCAGCAUAUGUGGCCCCGGUGACGUAGAAACGGAUGAUAGCUUCCCUGAGUCACGACUUGAAGGAUGGCUAUCAUUGCCUGCUAGAAACAACACAAAGAAAUUUGGUUGGGUAAAAAAGUUUAUAAUAGUCAGCAGCAAGAAGAUACUGUUCUAUCAUAAUGAACAAGAUAAGGAACAAUCCAAUCCAUAUAUGGUACUGGACAUAGACAAACUGUUCCAUGUUCGACCUGUCACACAAACGGACGUGUACAGAGCAGAUUCUAAAGAUAUUCCCAGGAUUUUCCAGGUAUCCCUAUUUAAGAACUUUUUGAACUAUGAUAUUUCAACUGCAAAGAAUCUAUUACUAUUAGCUAAUUCUACAGAAGAUCAGCAAAAAUGGGUGAACCGCUUAGGAAAAAGAAUUCCUAAAAAGCCUCCAGCACCAGAUCCUUUUGCCCGAUCUUCACCCAGAACUUCCAUGAAGGUCCAGCCGAGCCAGUCUCUCAGGCGGCCAAGCAAACAGCUUCCACCAAAUAAAAAAGAAAGCUUUCCCCCAAGCUAACCGCCUUCUGGGAAUGCAUGUUUUCGAGGUGAUCUUCAUCCCUCUGAAAUAAGACUGAAACAUCGUACCUUGAGUUAUGACUGCCGCUGACAUCAGGCAGCCCAAGAGUCAUGGUAAGCAGAAGGAGGCCCAGGAAAGGAAUGGGGGAUAUGCUGCAGGGGGGGGACGCCCGGCGCAGGAGUCAGGUGGGUAGGGGGUGGGGGUGGAGUGCAUGUGAUCAGAGGAAGGCCGUGAAAAGGGGCGCAGGCUGCAUGCAAUCACAGGGAGGCUAAGGAAAGGUGCACCCUGCACCCAUUUUCUAAGGCCUCCCUGAGUUUGUACAUGUGCACCCACGUGCACCGCCUCCCUGUGCCCCGUUUCCCUGUUUCCUUCCCUGUGAUUGCAUAUACUUCCACCCUUGUUCCCGGGCCUUCUGAGCGUGCACCCCACAGAGCACCCCACCCCCAACUCACAUGUGGCCCUACUCUGGGUUACUCAGGGCUUCCACCCCACAGCACCCCUGUGCGCCUUACCUGGGGCUGCCUCUGCUUCCCACUUACUGCGUUUUGGGCUAUCUACUACUAGGGACAAGCAGGACUUAGCGAUUAUGGUCAUCGCCAAGCAAUCAGGUGGCAUCGUGCUUUUAUCACGUCUCACAACUCCCCUCCCAGCUGCAGUCGUAACUCAACGAGUACUUGCAUUACAAAGAUUCUCUUGUGUCCACCAAAUAUGAA